AUGAACAUGGAGUCCAUUAUUAUGAUUUUGAUCUUUUUGGUAGCAUCAGAUCCAGGCUUAGCAGCACCCUCUCCCUCUCCUUCUCCCACCAUUUCCCCCACUGACAAUUCAACAUGCCCAGUGCCCAUGAAUUAUGUUCAAACAGUUCCUUGGAACAUCUCUUCUUGCCAUAACUUCCAACCCUUGCCAUCCCAAUACCAAACAAGCACAAGUCCUUGCUGCCAAACCCUCCUAUCCCUCUUUGGCGUAGCACUUGCACAAAACCUCAAAGAAAACUCUCUUUUCCAACUCCCCAACCUCCCUACCUCUAUCUCUUGCCUCCAACACUUCCAAUCUAAUCUCACAUCCCUCUCACUUCCCAACAACCUUGUCUCCUCCUGCUUUGAUCCACAUCAAUUUGUCAUCACUCCCAACAUCUGUGCUCGUAUGCAGAACAUGGAAGAUUGGCUCACCAGGCUUGGUUCUACACCACAGCUCGACACUGCAUGUAAACCAGACCUCACUGAUCGAAACCAAUGCAACAAGUGCGUGGCUGAGGGGUACAAGGUUCAGCAGAAGCUUAGUGCCAUUGAUGGUAAUGAAUCACAUUCCCAAGAUUGCUUUUACUUCACAGCACUUUACAUGGCUGGAGUUGCCAAUGAGUAUGGCCCUGAGAGCAAAGGUGCUUUGUCUUGCAUUUUGAUUUUGUUGGUUAAUUCACAAGUUGAUUCAAGGGGUAGCCGUCGUGCUCUUGUGCUUGGUUUGAUUGUAGCUUCACUUUCAGUCCUGGUAAUCAUACUGUUAGGAUUAGGUUUCUAUUUUUGGUACACCAAGAGAAGAAGUGUCGAAAAUUUGCUAGCCUAUUCUGAUCUACAGGAACAAAGCUUCAGCCUAAGGCUGAGACCAAAUACAGUGCUAACUUGGUUUGAAUUUGAGGAUCUUGUGAGGGCCACCAACAAUUUUUCAACGCAGAACUUUAUUGGCAGAGGUGGGUUUGGGUUGGUUUACAAGGGCAUUCUACCUGAUGGCACAAUGGUUGCGGUGAAAAGGCUUGAAGAAUCCGAUUCUCAAGGAGAUGCUUUGUUCUACAGUGAGGUGGAGAUUGUUAGCAACUUGAAGCACCGUAAUCUGGUGCCACUAAGAGGGUGUUGUGUGGUUGAUGAGGAGGAUGAGAAUCACAAUCUUGAAUACAGAAGAAGGUUUCUAGUUCAUGAAUAUAUGCCAAACGGAAGCCUUGCAGACCAUCUUUUUCCAACCAAAUUAGAUAAUGAAAAUACAACGAAAUCCCUGACUUGGCCUCAAAGAAAAAACAUAGUCUUGGAUGUGGCAAAUGCUUUGGUUUAUUUGCACUUUGGUGUUAAACCUGCAGUGUAUCACAGAGAUAUCAAAGCCACCAAUAUACUACUUGAUGCAGAUAUGAGGGCGAAGGUUGGAGAUUUUGGGCUAGCCAAAUGGAACAGUGAAAGUAGGUCUCAUCUAAAUACAAGAGUAGCUGGAACUCGUGGAUAUGUAGCACCUGAAUAUGCACUCUAUGGUCAGCUAACUGAGAAGAGUGAUGUCUACAGCUUUGGAGUGGUUGUUCUUGAGAUAAUUUGUGGAAGAAAAGCCCUUGAGUUUUCUUCAUCAGGGACACCGGUUUUCUUGAUUACUGAUUGGGUUUGGUCAUUGAUGAAAUCUGGGAAGAUAGGAGAGGCUUUGGAUCCUUCUAUGUUAGGAGAUGGAAAUUCUGCUAGAAACAUAAUGGAGAGGUUUUUGCUGGUUGGAAUUCUUUCUUCUCAUGUAAUGGUUGCUUCAAGGCCAACAAUUUUGAAUGUUUUGAAGAUGUUAGAAGGGGAUAUUGAGGUUCCAUCAAUUCCAGAUAGGCCACUGACUCAUGGGCACUAUGUGUUGUAUAAUGGUGAUUGCUCUGGGAUAAGCUCAGGAUGUGGUUUUGUGAGCUCAUGA